AUGGCAGUUCAAGCUGCCACUACCCCUGUUGCUGCAUCUACAGCUCAAGCACAUAUCAAUGGGUAUGCUGGCAACCUCCCUUGGUGCAACAGAUGCAGUUAUCACCAUCAUAUUCCAAGUCCAUGCUGUGAAAGGAACUGUAUCAGAUGUGGCAAGAAGGGCCACCUUACUCGAAGCUGCAGAACACCAACCCAGUUAAUCAAUCAAGCUUCUGAAUCGAGUACUGAUCAGGCCUGUUAUGGUUGUGGAGAAAUCGGGCAUUUCAAGCGAAACUGUCCAAAAGCAGCAACCACCAACAACACCAACAACGCUGAGAUGGUCUUAGCUAUGAAGCAGGAGGAGAUAGCCGUUGAUCCUAUCAUCGUCGCGGGUACAUUUCUUCUUGACAAUUCUUAUGCUCGCAUCCUUUUCGAAUCUAGUGCUAAGGAAAUUUUACUUGUCAUUCAUUCAAAUAUCUUCGUAAACCUAGUCCUCGUCUAA